AUGAGUCAACCGUCAGCAGGUGAACAAGGUGAUUUUCUUGCUGAAGCACAAUUAGCAAUCAAUGAUGUCGGUGAUGGUAUUGUUGCAACAAAACAAUUAUCAAAAAGUCUUAAUAAUCCUACAGAUAUUUCAACAGCUUAUAUAAAUAUAAAAUCAAAAGCAAAUAAAGAAUUUUGCAUCGAAUUAUCUCAACAAGGUUAUCGUAUUGUUGGCGAUCAUUUCGAUGAUAAAAGUCAACCAUCGAAAAUUUAUUAUGAAUCAUUACAAGCACUUUUAACAAAUGAAUCGAAAUCAUAUGUUAAUAGUUUUGCUGAAAGUUUACAACAAAAACUUUUUGCUGCACAACAUAAAAUCGAACAAGAACAAGAUGAAAAUGAUCAAUAA